CGCAGGAUCAGCGGCGCAAAGGCUGCUGGUACUCGGCUGUCAUGGCUUCGGACAUAAACAGAUAUCAAUGAAUAACGACACAUUUUGUUGUAGUAUUUAGCCAAAUUAACUGCAGCUACAUUUUAACCGUAUACUUAUCAGCCGGAGAAAGAAGUGCCAGGGAAUAACAUGUCCGGGGGAAACAAAGCCAUUGAGUUACAGCUUCAGAUGCGGCAAAAUGCGGAGGAUAUGCAUAGCUUCAUGAAGGAACUGGAGAGCUGGGAGACUGACAUAAAGAAGAAGGACGAGGAGCUGAGGACGGGAGGACUUCAGGAGGUCCAGAAGAGUCUCCCACCUGUGCGCAACAAAGACUACAAAACAAAGAUGAGGGAAAAGAAGAAGAUGAAGAAGGAGCCAACAGGCAACGGUGACACAAAGGGAGAUGUGCCCAAGCAAGCCUCAAAGAUUAAGGCAUACGACUAUCAAUCAUGGGACAAGUUUGACGUGGACAAGGCUCUGGCAGAGAUGGAUAAGGCGGAAAGUCCUGCAGAGUCAAAUGAGUCAGACUCUGAGGAAGCUGCAGUUGAUAAGGAGAAAGCACUGGCUGAGAAAGAAAAGGGUAACACGUUUUUCAAAGAUGGGAAGUUUGACGAAGCCAUUGAGUGUUACACCAGAGGGAUGGGUGCGGAUCCUUACAACCCUGUGCUUCCCACAAACCGCGCCACCUGCUUCUGCAGACUCAAAAAGUAUGCUGUGGCAGAGUCGGACUGCAACUUGGCGAUAGCUUUGGACAGCAACUACUUCAAAGCGUAUGCACGAAGAGGAGCAGCACGGUUUGCACUGAAGAAAUAUGAAUCUGCAUUAGAAGAUUAUGAGAUGGUUCUCAGGCUUGACCCCGGGAACGUGGAAGCACAGAAUGAAGUGAAAAAAAUCAAAGAGACCCUCGGACAUCAGGCACCGGCCGUCCUGAGCGAAGCCGCACAGCCACAGGAGGCUCCCACAGUGGACCCUGAGCAGCAGAGACUGAUGGAGGAGCAGCAGAGGCGACAGGAGGCGGUUAUACAAAAGGACAGAGGGAAUGCUUAUUUCAAAGAGGGGAAGUAUGAAGCGGCAGUUGAGUGCUACAGCAGAGGCGUGGAGGCAGACAGCAUGAACGUCCUACUGCCCGCUAACAGAGCCAUGGCCUUCCUCAAGCUGGAGAAGUAUAAGGAGGCAGAGGAGGACUGCACCAAAGCCAUUUUUCUGGACAGGACUUACUCCAAGGCUUUCGCCCGUCGAGCCACAGCCAGAGUGGCUUUAGGAAAACUGGAGGAGGCCAGACAAGAUUUUCAGGAGGUGUUGAAACUGGAACCAGGGAACAAGCAGGCCCUGAAUGAGCUCCAGAAACUCCAGAUUGACGUGGGUUCCAGUGGCCUUCUUCAAACACCAGACAGCACACAGAGGAGAACAGUCCAGCCAUUUGACAAACCAACACAUCUGCAGUCAACAAAACCUCUGAGGAGGAUUGAUAUUGAGGAAGUGAGUGGAAAGGUGACAGUGCUUGAGGUGGAGUCAGGUGAGUCCAAGUCCUUCGUCCAGGAAGUGAUGAGGGAGGAUGAGGACAAAACCUCUCCACUGUCGACAUCACCCAGCGCCAAGAUGAUCAAGAUCGAGGAGCUAGCAGAAGUCCCUUCACACUCAUCUGACCGAGUCCCUGCUAGCAGACAGACCAAACAACCAGCGCAGGAGGAAAUUUCUGAUCCUUCCGAACCGUCAACCAACCCCUCCCCGACAGUAGCAGACGUGCCUCCUCCACCCGCCAACAGCUUCCAGCUAGAGGCCGACCUCCGCAAGAUCGGAAACCAGCCUGAAGUGAUUUACAGAUAUCUGAGGCAAAUCAAGCCCGAAGCGUACGUAAAUAUUUUCCUCAACUCCCUUGAACCUGACAUUCUCAAUCAGAUCCUGAGGACGCUGCAUGGUUUCUAUAUCAAGAAUGAAGCACCGGCCAUCACACUGGAGAUCCUCAGGAGUCUAGCAAGCGUGAGGCGCUUCGACAUGGCUGUCAUGUUCCUGUCGUCCCCGGAGAAGAAAGUGCUUAAAGAAGUUUUUGACUUCCUUCACCAAGCUGAGCUGGAAGGAUCAUCUGUCGCAGCCUUACAGAAGAAGUAUGGUGUGUGACACUGGAAUUUAAGACAAAUCUGUUCUAUAGACUUUAAAGUUCAACACACAGUGCUACAUGUUUUACAUCAAAGCCAACUAAAUAAUGUAGUUAUAUUCUAAUGCUGAAUAAACGUUCAUUCAAUUCACUUUCAUUAAAUUGGACUGCUGCGUAACGGCCCUUCACCUGUGGAAAUAUGAUGUCAUAAUCUCUCUCUAUUCAUAACACUGCAUUUAUUUAAAAUUGGAAGUUGGAAAUUCACAAACUGUAGAUUGUAAUUCUGACCCUGGUGCAUUUUAGUGUUAAAGCUGAUAAAAACAGAGACUUCUGGUGUAGAAUCCAGUUCCUUGUGCAACAGCUAAUGUUAUUAUUGAUGAUACUUAAAAAAACAAAAAACAACUUUACUGUGUAAAUGUCUAUGUUUAUGGGAUGCAUUGAUAUAUCGGCCGGACAUCUGUAUCAACCGAUAUUCGCCUUGUUGACUGUUGUUGCUAUUGGCUUAUCUGCAAACAGGAUGACAUUCACCAAUGGCAGUGGCCGAUAUUUAUCUGUUGUGUCACAUCAAUUUUGCGCUGGCUACAUUUUGUGUUGGUUAUUUGUAUUUGUUGUAUAGCUGCUAAAAAGGAUUUUCAAGCAGUUAUUUUUCAAAAAAAGAAUCUUUUUCAUGUGAAAUAAGGUUAUAUUAAAGGUUAUUUUAUAAAUUGUUCUAUUAACAGGAAGUGUGAAUUUCCAAUUUUCCAAUACCUUUUGAACGCAGCGUAAAAGUAUGGAUUGGUCUCUGUGAGUACUCUGCUGUUUGAAUGUUCCUCCCAUUCUUAAACCUACCAAAAAACCCUGACAUUUUAUUGGUUAAACCGGCUCAGUUUGACUGUAGAUAACUGUGUGAGAGAGAAGGGAUUCAAUCUGAGUUCAAGUGUUCUGCAACUACAGAUUCUGGUCUGUUUUCAGAAAUCUGAACUACAAAUAAAGGUGUAUUUUGCAA